AUGUUGUUUGACACCGUUGUUGGACAGCGCGUGGGUGGUCCACGUCACGCGCGCUAACAGAUUGAGGCCAGACAUCAGCAGGCAAAGGCCCACUACAAGUGCUCUGUCUACGGAGACCUGGAAGGUUUGGGAAGCGUUGUGGAGUCCGAACGGCGUGAGCAGGAACUCAGAGUGGCAAAGCAGGGCGGUGACGGCCGUCUUCGGAAGUCCCAUUUGCUAUAGAGAUCUGUAG